CUGGGAGACAGGGAGCUCCAGGAAAGCCGAGGGUAGAAAGGAAGAGUUAAGUUCUCAGCACCACAGACAGCUCCUCUGUAAGUCCCAGUAGCAGCACAGGCAGUUCUGACUGCAGACACAUCAUCAUGAAAAGAGCCCUGGUCUUCUGGAAGUACCGCACCCUCUUCUCCCUCUUCCUCUGCACUAUGGUUCUCUUCAAGGUCCACUUAACCCAUGCAGCCCCUACCUCCCAGCAACACACAGAACCGCUGUCCCGCUCCACCAUCAAUACCAGAGGGAGCCAUUGGGCUGUAGGGCACCUCAUGGGUAAGAAGAGUAUAGAGGAAUACCCCUAUGUGUAUGAGGGAGUGGAGCGAGCCCCCGCCAGUGCCUACACAGAGGGGGAGCGGCCAGUGCAACUCUACCCACAGGCCCUUCUCAACUUGCUGCAGAUGUUAGAGAUCAGUGACAGCAGGAACUCCCAGGCGCUGAGAGAAGCCGCACUGUACAAGAAACUCUGGGAUACGGAGGAUACCAGCAAAGUCAAGGAGAUGUUGGACUUUUUCUACCAGCUGAUGACCUUAAAAGAAAACUCCUCCAGCUGAGCCGCCAGGAAGGGACGACAUAAAUUCUAUCCGGCAGAGGUUUCCGCUCCACGAACGCCCGAUUGCGCCGAUCACCGAGAUUCUAUUUAUGUUGCCAGUUCCACUUUGGUGUCAAUGAAAUAGGUUCCCUCAUUCCAACCGCCCAACAUCCAUUGUUCCACAAGCAAGAGGUGACUUGCUGGAUCUGCUUACUGUAAAUACAUAUCGAGGAAGGGUCUUCCAAGUACAUGAUUCUAUUUUAGCACUUCUAAUGAUUUCAUCUCUUUAGUUCGUAGGCACAGAAGAUUUUAACAUUCACAAUAAAAAUUACCAAAAAAAAGCUCAA